AUGGGAAGCUCACCAAGCUGCUUUCCAAAUCGACAUCAAAGGCCAUCGUUCAGAUGUUCGAGAAGACUACAAAGAAGUGACACAAAUUCCAGUCCUGGAAGAAGGGAUAUGGACCGUUUUAAAAUACUGAGUUCUGCAUUAAAUGGGUGCAAGAUCCAUACAAAUUGAAAAAGAGAGUUAGUUAAUUGGGCUAACUGCUAA